UCCUCCCUGUAUCUACGUCUAUAUAUUAACCUCCGCACACCACAACUCCAAAGUUCCAAACCUAUUCAUAACAAGACACACACACACAUUACCCGCACAAAGCUUGGUAGUAGAGCUUACCUCUCUUCUCUGUCCUUAAUAAUUUGAGCUAUAUACUAUGCCGAAGAAAGGAAUGAGAAGCCUUUGUUUCACGUCCUCCAAGACGUCGUCGUCUUCCUUCCUCUUUCACUUCCCUUCAACUGCCCGCAUCACCGCUCCUCCCACCCCGAGUCGGAGCUUCUCUGACUCGGCCAUGGAACGGACUCUCGAGUCGGCCGAGUCCAUGAUCAUGAAAUGGAAUCCAGAAACUUCAACCUACGCCAAAGUCACUUCUCUCUUCUACGAGAACCGAAAAGAGGCCAGAGACUUCAUCAAAUGCGUUAACGAUUUGCAGAAAGCGAUGCACUCCAUCGUCAACGAAGAUUCAAGCUCCGACAUGCUCGUGCGAGCCCAAAACCUCAUGCAAAUCGCUAUGAAACGACUCCAGAAGGAGUUCUAUCAGAUCUUAUCCAUGAAUCGAGCUCAUUUGGAUCCCGAAUCGGUCUCUGCCCGAUCCUCCCUUGCCUCCACCCGAUCCAGCACGUCCGAUUACGAGGACGACGACACACAUGACGAUGAGAUCCGGACCGCCAGCGACUCAAUCUCCGAGGUCGAGCAUGUCUCCAACUUCGUCAUGGCGGAUUUGGGAUCCAUUGCCGAGUGUAUGAUCUCCUCUGGUUAUGGCAAGGAGUGUGUGAAGAUAUACAACAUUAUACGAAAAUCGAUCAUCGAUGAAGGAAUCUAUCGGCUCGGAGUUGAAAAAUUGAGUUCGUCGCAGGUUCAUAAGACGGAUUGGAAUUUGCUGGAGAUGAAGAUCAAGAAUUGGUUGAAUGCUGUGAAUAUUGCAGUGAAGACGCUGUUCAAUGGAGAGAGAAUUCUCUGUGAUCACGUCUUCACAUCGUCAGAGUCGAUCAGAGAGUCCUGCUUUACAGAGAUAUCGAAAGAAGGAGCGACGCUUCUGUUUGGAUUCCCAGAAAUUGUGGCCAAAAGCAGCAAGAAAUCGCCGGAAAAAGUGUUCCGGUUACUCGACAUGUACCUUUCAGUCUCCAAUCACUGGCCGGAGAUAGAAUCAAUCUUCGCAUUCGAAUCAACGUCCGUAGUCCGAGCACAAUGUGUCACCUCGCUGAUCAAACUCGGUGAGUCGGUGCGGACCUUGCUCACCGAGUUCGAAUCGUCAAUCCAGAAGGACACAUCGAAAUCCGCCGUCGCCGGCGGCGGAAUUCAUCCUCUGACACUCGACGUGAUGAAUCACCUCUGCCUACUCGCGGAUUACAGCAACGUACUCGCCGACAUCCUCGCCGACUCGCCACCACCGACGAAAUCGUCCCUGCCGGAAUCUUACUUCGACACUUCCGAUUCGGACGAUUCGCCUGCGCCGGCGAUCUCUCUCCGGCUAGCUUGGCUCAUCCUCGUCCUCCUCUGCAAACUCGACAGCAAGGCAAAGCACUACAAAGACGUAGCUCUAUCGUACCUCUUCUUAGCCAACAAUCUCCAGCACGUCAUCUUCAAAGUCCGUACAUCGAACCUCAAGUAUCUACUCGGCGACGAUUGGUUGUCCAAGAACGAAGUCAAAGUCAAACAAUUCUCAUGGAACUACGAACGGCUGGGAUGGGACCACGUCAUCAAAUCACUCCCGGAGGAUCCAAAAGCGGUGAUUUUGCCGGCCGAAGUGAAGGAGUGUUUCAAGAGAUUCAACCACGCGUUCGAGCAGGCGCACCGGAAGCAGUCGGUGUGCGUCGUACCGGAUAGCAAGCUCCGAGACGACAUCAAAAUGUCCAUUGCGAGAAAGCUCGUUCCGGUGUAUCGGGAAUUCUAUAAUACGCAUAAACUCACUUUGGGGAGAGAGAGAAAUUUGGCAGUUUUGGUCAGGUUUGCCCCUGAGGAUAUAGAGAAUCAGUUGUCUGAUCUGUUCUUUGGAACGGCUGGGUCUGGGACUGGUUCGUCGUCGUCUUCAAGAUCUCGUUAAAAUAUGUCACUUUCAAUUUUGGGUAUGGUACUGUAGUAUAUAUAUACACGUCAGCUACUUUGAGCCCAUUUUUUUUUGGAGGACAAAAGCCUAAGGUAUAGAUACUGGAAUGUUUUUUUUUUUUUUUUUUGGGUUAAAGGAGAUACUGGAAUGUUGUUGUCUUCUGUGUAAAAUAUUUGUCGUUGGUUAUAAAUAAAAAUUCGAUGAACAACUUCAUUUUUAUUAGUGA